AUGACUUUCAGUUAUACUUAGUGCAAUGUUAACUUUAAAACAAGUACAUUUUUUAUUAUAAGCAAAGCAAAAGCAUUAAAAACAACCUAAAACUGUGAAGAAGUGUUUGGUGUUACUAGUUUAAAAAAUAAAACUGCAAAAACCAACAAAUUGCGUAAUUAUAGACAAUGCAGACUAUUAAGUGUGUUGUUGUUGGAGACGGUGCUGUUGGUAAGACAUGCUUGCUUAUCUCUUAUACAACUAAUAAAUUCCCCUCGGAAUAUGUGCCCACCGUAUUUGAUAAUUAUGCCGUAACGGUUAUGAUUGGUGGUGAGCCCUAUACAUUGGGUUUAUUCGAUACAGCUGGUCAAGAGGAUUAUGAUCGUUUGCGUCCAUUGUCGUAUCCACAAACUGAUGUGUUUUUGGUGUGUUUCUCAGUCGUUAGUCCUAGUUCAUUUGAAAAUGUUAAAGAAAAGUGGGUGCCCGAAAUAACACAUCAUUGUCAGAAGACACCAUUCUUGUUGGUGGGCACACAGAUUGAUUUGCGCGAUGAAACCAGCACUUUGGAAAAAUUGGCCAAAAACAAACAAAAACCCAUUGGCAUUGAAAUGGGUGAAAAAUUGGCUAAAGAAUUGAAAGCUGUCAAAUAUGUUGAAUGUUCAGCUUUAACACAAAAAGGUCUUAAAAACGUUUUCGAUGAAGCAAUAUUAGCUGCAUUGGAACCACCAGAACCCACAAAGAAAAGGAAGUGCAAAUUCUUAUAAUUUUUAUGUGUAUUAUAAUUUAUUGAAAAUAACAUAACAAACAAACAAAAAAUACACGCAAUCAACAAUUUCUAAAAAAAAAUAACAAAUAAACA